UCAACUCUUUUCGAAGUGCAAUUCCCAUAAUUUGCACAUUUGUCAAGAUUCAACUGUGAUAAUUGAUCAGUUAACGGUCUUGUAUGCCAACAAUUCAAAGCCGAUUAAUAAUCGUAUUGGUCCCCACUGCUUAUUAAAGCUGCGUGAUUCAUUAAACUGGACCAGUUUUACCUGCACGCACAGGAGAGAAACACAGCCGUUUAAUCUCGGUUGAAGAAACAAUAUUUUAAAGAAGAUAAGAAAAACUGAGAAAAUGGUGCAGAUUUUAAGGCGAAACAUGAUUUGUUGCGUCCUCCAAUCUCUGCUGUUUUUACCACUGUUCUCACAAAAGGUGAUUGGUAGAACAAGAUUGCAAGGCAACUGUGUUGUCAGAGAUGGACGAGAUGGUGUCAGAGGUCCCCCCGGAAUACCAGGUCAUCCAGGCCCCCCAGGAAGAGAUGGUCGAGAUUGUACUGCCAACUGGUCACUGGAUAAGGUUUUUGAGCUGGAAAAACGUCUCAGCGAGUUGAACUCAAAAUAUCAGUUCAUCGAAACAAACGCACAGGAGAUGAAAGAAGAACUGGUAGCCAGCAAACAACAAGCACAGCAGUUGUUUCAAGUAUUGGCAGCAAAGAAAAUUUUAGAACCUGAUAUCCUUGGGCACGAAAACAACCUUCUUCCGGCAGUAUCCCCAAUAAGACACCAUGCACGGAUUGGCUCUAUUCUAUCAACCCCAGAACCAACCCUCACACCUACUGACACCCCUGUCCGUAAUCAGAAGUGCAAAACACGACUAGCAUUUCAUGUCCAUGACCGCGUAAAAACUAGGGGAGCAGUGAACAUGGAGAUAUUCACCAUAGGACAAAGCACUUUUCUCGCAGCAGCAAAUUUCCAUGCAGUUCCGGAUGGUUACAAUACAGCCUCAUUUAUCUACAAGAUGAACUCAACCUCAGAGAAAUUCGAAAAGCUUCAAACGCUACCUACGAUUGGCUGCCGUUCAAUAACGUAUGUAUCCAGUCAAGGAAACUCGUACCUAGUAGCCGCGAAUCACUAUAACGGAAGAACACAUGUGCUGGACUCGGCCAUUUACAGGUGGAACGGUCAUAGGUUUGUGAACUACACCAACAUUGAAACACAAGGUGCAUCCGCGUCGGAGUUCUUCGAAAUAAACGGAGAGAGUUACCUCGUGUUUGCAAACUAUAGAAAUGACACGAGUGUGUCAAUAUUUUCGGUGGUGUAUAGAUGGAACCGAGGAAACCUUGAGAUUUUUCAAAAAAUACCAACGCACGGUGCAGUCGACUUGUUCGCGAGUCAUCGCAGUAAGCGUUCCUGGCAUUCUGAGACAAAUGUGUUUCGAUGGAAUGGAACUGAGUUUGCCUUGUUUCAGAAACUGCAAACAACUGCAGCUAUAAAGGUGAUCGAUAGAACAAAUUUGGGAGAAAAUUGUGUUGUCAGGGAUGGGCGUGAUGGUGUACCAGGUCCCCCAGGAGUCACAGGUCGUCCAGGUAGGCCAGGAAGGGAUGGUCGAGAUUGUACCGUUUAUUGGUCUCUAAAUAAGGUGUUUGAGUUAGAGAAACGUAUUCGCGAGCUUGACUCAAAAAAUCAGUUGAUGAUCGAGGCAGCCGAGGAAAUGAAAGAAGAAAUGAAAGCGAGCAAAGAACAAUCGCAACAGCUGUUCAGGAUUUUAGCAGCGAAGAACCUUUUAGAUUCUGAUAUCCUUAUUCCCCAGACCACGUAUAACCUAAUUCCGUCCCCAGAAGAACCCCUUUCCAGAAACGACAAUAGCUAUGAAAAUCCAUCCACUCCAGAACCAACUUUCACUUCCACCGUGUCUUCUUUAUCUUCGGGCACGCCAGCUACUGAUCAGGACUGCCAGAAACGACUGAUAUUUCACGUUCAUGACGAAGUCGAAACCAAAGGAGCGGUGAAGAUGGAAAUAUAUAACAUAAAAGAUAGUACAUUCCUCGCAGUUGCAAAUCACUAUUUAGCAGCAGAUGGUUACAAUACAGCCUCAUUUAUCUACAAGAUGAACUCAACCACAGAGAAAUUUGAAAUGCUUCAAACGCUACCUACGAUUGGCUGCCGCUCGUUGACGUACGUUUCCGAUCAAGGAAACUCGUACCUAGUAGCUGCGAAUCACUAUAACGGGAAAUCAUAUGUAUUGACCUCAGUGAUAUACAGGUGGAACGGUACGAGGUUCGUGAAUCACACCAACAUCGAAACACAAGGCGCAACUGCGUCGCAAUUCUUCGAAAUAAAUGGAGAGAGUUACCUCGUGUUUGCAAACUAUAGAAAUGACUCGAGUGUGUCAAUAUUUUCGGUGGUUUAUAAAUGGAACCAAGGGAAACCCGAGAUCUUUCAAAAAUUGGCAACGCACGGUGCAGUCGACUGUAAAUUUUACCGAAGCAAAGCAGGACAGAUGUUCUUGGCUUUUGCAAAUUAUUACUCUGUCAACGACGGAUUCGACGCUGAGUCGGUGGUGUAUCAAUGGAACGGACGCCAUUUCGUCUCUGUGCAGAAUGUAAAAACAUCGGCAGCUAUUUGUGCUGAUUUAUUCGAAAAUGAUGCCGGGCUGUUUUUAGUCUUGGCAAGUCAUCGCACAGCGCGCUCCUGGCAUUCUGAGACAAAUGUGUUUCGAUGGAAUGGAACUGCAUUCGUUUUGUUUCAGGAACUGGAGACAACUGCAGCUAUAAAGGCUCAUCACUUCUAUGUCGAUGACACAGUGUAUCUCACUGUUGCGAAUUAUUUUGACGAAAUCACACACUUCCGAGCUCAUUCCAUGGUGUACAAAUUCAAAAACGGUCGAUUUACUAAAUUCCAAGGAAUCUUGACUGUGGGCGCCUACGAUUUGCAGCCGUUCACCUUCCGAGGGUUUCCGUACCUCGCCGCGGCGUUUCGCUUUAAUGGAAAACACGGAAAUUUGAAAAGCAGAAUUUAUAAAAUGUACAACGGAUGUGUGUCAAAAGAAGACGUUCUACCUUGAUACGAGCUUUUGGAGUAUUAUUAAUGAAUGAUAUAUAUAUAUACUUUAUAAUAUAGUUGAAUGAUAUAUUUUCGCAUGAUUACAUGAUAUGUAUGCUUUAUAUACUCAUUUUUAAAAUUUGUUAAUUAAUUCUUUUGCAAAGAUUUUUUUUUCGGUAAGAAUGUAAUAAAGCCAUAAAGGACGGGUCCUAUGAUUCUCUUGCUAACCUUUAUUAGCGAUUAGGGACCGGUUGUUCGA